CACAGUGGCUUUCACAAAUAUGCUUUGCCGGCAUCACUUGGGAGCAGUUCAGGGAACUGUUUCUUCAGCGUUUUGUUGGAAUUGAAACCUCUGCUGGCAUGGUUCUCAAUGUAUUGAAGGGUCGACCGAAACCAGAAGAAGGCUUUGCUGAAUACGGCAGCCGGAUUGUCACGAUGCUUAUGUCUAAAUGGAAAGCCAAGGAUUUAGAAGAAAUAGCUGUGUCCGUAACUUUGGCUCACAUGGCUCAAGUUGACAGCAAGUUGGCGCGCUGGAUUUUUACCACCAAUGUAAAAACUCGCAAUGAGCUACAACAACAGUUGCAGGCACACUCCUUCAUGAAGCGUAGCAUAGAAGACGAUGCAACUGGCUCGGAUCGCAAAAAGUUCAAAUCUCCGUCCCUGGUGAAAUGCAACUACUGCGGUUGGGCAUAAAUAUGCCGAAUGUCGGGCACGUUUGCAGCAGGGCCAGAGUAAAGGCAAAACCUACAGCGGCACAAAUACGACGGGUGUGAAAGAUCGAUCUGGUGUC